CAACUCCGAGCCCCUUGUGUCCUGGGUGAGGCGCUUGAGCCGGAGGAGAAGCCGCGGCAUCCAUCCUCAGGCCUGCCCUGGGGCUGGCUGGGCAAACUGCCCACUUGGGAAAGGACCUGGGGCGAGGAGGAGGCAGCCUUACAGAUUGGCUUAUCUUGGGAGCUUCAGGACUUUGCUCAUCUUGAAGAUCAGGUGACCACUGACCAUGUCAUCGAGGCCUUUUGAAAGUCCACCUCCAUAUAGACCUGAUGAAUUCAAACCCAGUCAUUAUGCACCAAGCAAUGACAUGUAUGGCGGAGAUAUGAAUGUCCGACCGAUGCUUUCUCACACAGCAUAUUCUUUCUACCCAGAAGAUGAAAUUCUUCACUACUACAAGUGGACCUCCCCUCCAGGAGUGAUUCGGAUUCUGUCUAUGCUGAUUAUCGUGAUGUGCAUUGCCAUAUUUGCCUGUGUCGCCUCUACACUUGCCUGGGACAGAGGUUAUGGAAACAACAUACUAGGGGGUGGUAUAGGCUACCCUUAUGGAGCAGGCAGCUUCGGAGGCUAUGGAAAUGGCUAUGGUUAUGGCUAUGGUUAUGGCUACGGAGCAGGUUACACAGAUCCAAGAGCCGCAAAGGGCUUCCUGCUGUCUAUGGCUGCCUUUUGUUUCAUUGCUGCACUGGUGAUAUUUGUCACCAGUGUUAUAAGAUCUGAAAUAUCUAGAACAAGAAGAUAUUACCUGACUGUGAUAAUAGUGAGUGCUAUCCUGGGCUUCAUGUUGUUUAUUGCCACAAUCGUCUACAUAAUGGGCGUCAAUCCAACUGCCCAGGCCUCUGGGUCCGUGUAUGGCUCACAAAUUAUUGCCCUCUGCAACCAGUUUUACACGCCCGCAGCUUCCGGACUCUACGUGGAUCAAUAUUUGUAUCACUACUGUGUGGUGGACCCCCAGGAGGCCAUUGCCAUUGUACUAGGGUUCAUGGUUAUUGUGGCUUUUGCUUUAAUAAUUUUCUUUGCUGUGAAAACUCGAAGGAAGAUGGACCAGUAUGACAAGUCGAAUAUUUUGUGGGACAAGGAACGUGUUUAUGAUGAGCAGCCCCCCAACGUUGAAGAGUGGGUUAAAAACGUGUCUGCAGGCACUCAAGACAUGCCUCCUUCCCCUUCGGACUAUGUGGACGGAGUGUACAGUCCCGUGGCCUACUCCUCCAACGGCAGAGUGAGUGACAAGCGAGUGUAUCCGGAGUCCUCCUAUAAAUCAACGCCGGUGCCUGAAGUGGUACAGGAACUUCCAGUGACUUCGCCCAUGGAUGACUUCAGGCAGCCUCAUUACAGCAGCAAUGAUAACUUGGAGACACCUGCUAAAAGGGCUCCUGCAAAGAGGAGAGCGGGGAAGCCAAAGAGGCCAGAGCAGGACCACUAUGAGACGGACUACACGACGGGCGGAGAGUCCUGCGAGGAGCUGGAGGAAGACUGGGUCAGGGAAUAUCCACCUAUCACUUCAGAUCAUCAAAGACAACUCUACAAGCGAAGUUUCGACUCUGGCCUGCAGGAAUACAAGCGCUUACAAGCAGAACUCGAUGAGAUCAAUAAAGAGCUCUCUCGUCUGGAUAAAGAAUUGGAUGACUAUAGAGAAGAAAGUGAAGAGUACAUGGCUGCUGCUGAUGAAUACAAUAGACUAAAGGAAGUUAAAGGAUCUGCAAAUUACAAAAGUAAAAGGAAUUAUUGUAAGCAGUUGAAGAGUAAGUUGUCACACAUCAAGAAAAUGGUUGGAGACUAUGACAGAGGGAAGACAGAAGGCAGAAUCCAGAUCGUCUGAGUGGUUAAGAGGUGUCUGGCGUCUCUGCGAUGCUGUCAGGAUGCAAAAUGACUUUGGACUCCAACCGGAGAGGCCAAACCUUUGUGACCAUUACAAAGUUUUGGUAGCUUUAAUAUCAUUGGUAUUGAAGCAUUUUAUAAGUACCUUUUGAUAAUCAACUGUGCUGAACACUCCAAUUAAGGAUAUUAUGCUUUCAACUUCGGUUCUUUUAUUAAGAACUGUUGUUUGAGUUUUUUAAACUGUUGACCUUAAAGGAAGGUUGCUGAGUGGACUGUGCUGUGAACUUUCAUGCCCUAGGCAGUCGUGCCUUCGUACUUCAUUAUUUUGAAUAGGUGGUCUCAUUUAAUCCUCCCAGAAUGCUCCCUUCACAUAACUAUUAUUUAUAAUCAUUCCUUUUCAGAUGAGGAAACUGGGUCCCUGCAAUGAAGUGAAACUGCUUUUUUCCUAGCUUGCAGUUUUGGUUAAGUCUGUUUUAUGACUCCAUUAAUAAAGUCCCUGGCCAUUCACAUUUUAGCUACUGUGGAUAUUGCAUUCUACCAACCUCCCUAUUGAUAUUUUUCUGUGUAUAAAUGGUUAAAAGAGCUUUUUAUUGUUUUAUGUUAUCUUGGUAAUAAAGAUCAUGUAAAAGUAAACAAAUUUUGAAAUUUAAAGCUUGUAAAUACAUAUUUACUUUUUAAAAUCAAAAUUUAAAACCACUGGUUAGAAUUUUGUGUAUUUUUAAAUACUUUUUAAUCUUUUAUGGUUUACAUGCUUUUUUAAAAAAACCAACUAGGCCUUUCAUUAUAUUAGAGUAUCUGAUUACAUUUGUAAUUUGGUUGUGACUUGAAAUGCAUCUUACAGGAAUGUUCAAGUUCUGUACCUAUUUUACAAGGUAUUAAACCAAGUGUUUUCUUUAUAUAACAUGCCUGUUGGAUGUCAUUAGAGCUGUUAAUUUUAAGCUGUACAAAACUACACUCAGCAGUGGUAUCUGUUAUUGUUUUAAAGUACUUUGGGUGCUGCACUGGUUGCUUGUUUCCCAGUCUGUCAGCUCUAAGAAGGCCAGUUGUCUGACACUAGAAUCCAGUAUCACAAAACAUCAAAUAUUUCAAAUUGUGUGCUUAAAUCUCAAUACUUUUAUUAGUAAAGUAAAAUUAGCUGAUAAUACUGGGCACAUCACUAGUCAAGUUGACUGAUCAUCCCCCCAGUUUAGAACUCUGUUUUGGUGAAAAUAUUUUGAUGAAGCCAUAAUUAAUCAUUAGUAGUAUGCAAUUCAGUCAUUCAGAUAGGAAGAGGGAGAGAUAAGGAGAGAAAAAGAAAUGCCGACUUGUUGCUCCACUCAUUCGUGCAUUCAUUGGUUGCUUAUUGUCUGUGCCCUGACUGGGGUUGAAACCACAACCUUGGCCUCUUGGGACAAUGCUCUAACCAACUGAGCUACCCAGCCAGGGUCCAUAGGUAAACUUUUAAGUAAAGUUUCCACUGUAACACUGAUUUCUUCAAAUUGAAGAAAUUCACCCUGGCUGGUGUGACUCAGUGGAUUGAGUGCCAGCCUGCAAGCCAAAGGGUUGCCGGUUCGAUUCCCAGUCAGGGCACAUGCCUGGGUUCCGGGCCAGGUCCCCAGUGGGGGCAUGUGAGAGGCAACCACACAUUGAUGUUUCUCUCCUUCUCUGUCUGUCUCUCUUCCCCUAAAAAUAAAUAAAUAAAAUCUUUAAAACAUAUAUUUAAAAAAUUGAAGAAAUUCUUCAUUUUCCAUAUGCUUUACAUACUUAUGACUAAAUAGUCUAUGCUUUUCAUACCUUUUGGAGUCACACCAAAUGGUAACGACUCUCUUGAGCAACUUAACUGAUUUUUAUGUGUGCUAAAAUUUUAACUCUGUUCUUGGAAGUCAAUGUACUUGGUUUAUGAAGGCAAGCUUGGCCAUACAUGUCUGCAUUAUAAAAUUGUGCUGUGCAAUUGGAUUUUGAAAUAAAAUAACAAAAUCAUUUUUCAAAUGUA